UCGGGAAAUGGUUAAACAGACGUGGAGUUCAGACAACCAGUGAGCAAAUAUUAACAGCAAUAACACGUAAUGCAAGAUGUUAUGGAUUACCAAUGUAACUCAUGGACUUAUUUUCCGUUGACGCCGGAAGCGUAUUCCGCUUUGAAAUAGCGAUGUGACAUGUUUUUACCUCAGUGAAGACAGCCAAAGCUCGUUCAUCGAUCGCCUGAAGGGGUAACGUCAGAUUAGCUUAGAAACGUGACUUGAUUUUUCAGAAACCCACCAAAAAUGCCUGGAAACAUGUCACCAGUACCCGUCCUACCGUUGGUGAUCAACUGUUUCCUGUCUAUCGUCGGCUGCAUGGCCACAUUGAAACUCAUCCCUGCUUUCAAAGACCAUUUCAUCUCAGCCAGAUUGUACGGAAUGGACCUAAACAAAACGUCCAAAAAGGAAGUCCCAGAGUCCCAAGGAGUCAUCAGUGGGACAGUCUUCCUCAUCAUCCUCUUCUGCUUCAUCCCGGUGCCUUUCCUUAGCUGCUUUGUAGGAGAUCAGUGCAAGGGCUUCCCACACGAUGAGUUUGUGCAGCUGAUUGGUGCACUUCUGGCCAUCUGUUGCAUGAUCUUCCUGGGCUUUGCUGAUGACGUGCUGAACCUGCGCUGGAGACACAAGCUCCUGCUUCCCACCAUGGCUUCCCUUCCACUGCUCAUGGUGUAUUUCACCAACUUCGGCAACACGGUCAUCGUGGUGCCCAAGCCCUUCAGAGCCCUGCUGGGGCUGCAUUUGGAUUUGGGUAUUCUCUACUACGUCUACAUGGGAAUGCUUGCGGUUUUCUGCACGAAUGCCAUCAACAUCCUCGCGGGCAUCAAUGGCAUCGAGUCAGGUCAAGCCCUGUUUAUCUCCGGCUCCAUCAUCGUCUUCAACCUGGUGGAGCUCAGUGGAGAUUACCGGGAUGACCAUGUUUUCUCCCUCUACUUCAUGAUACCAUUCUUCUUCACCACAUUAGCACUUUUUUACCACAACUGGUACCCUUCGUCUGUGUUUGUGGGAGACACCUUCUGCUACUUUGCUGGGAUGACCUUUGCUGUAGUCGGCAUCCUCGGACACUUCAGCAAAACAAUGCUGCUGUUCUUCAUUCCUCAAGUGGUUAACUUUGUCUACUCCUUGCCUCAACUUUUUCAUGUCAUACCCUGUCCCAGACACCGGCUCCCCAGGCUGAAUCCAGACACAGGCAAACUGGGGAUGAGCUACUCUAAAUUCAAAAGAAAGGACCUCUCUAAAUUAGGAAAUCUCAUUCUGAAGGUGGCCGAGUUAUUAAAGCUGCAAGAGGUGCAAAGAGGCCAGGAGGGCGAUGAUGGGUUUAUCGAGUGCAACAACAUGACCUUAAUAAAUCUGGUCCUGAAAAUACUCGGCCCCACCCACGAGAGAAACCUCACAGUCAUCAUGCUCGUCAUUCAGGUGAUGGGCAGUGUACUGGCUUUCGGGAUCCGUUAUCAUCUGGUGCGUCUCUUCUACGACUCCUAGACAGCACUCUGGGAAAGAGGGGAGAGAGCAUUGGCUGAGAAGAUAUGAUGUUGCUUUAUGCAACUAUUUUUACAGGCUCAUGGUUCAUCUGCCUUUGACAGGCUCCAUUACCUCGCUGUUACUUUUCUGCAUCAGACUCUACUUGCAGUAUAGACCCAGUAGAAGGUUCAAAGCUGUAUUUCACUUUGUACAACAUUUUCACGUACAGUGUUCCAACGUACACUGCUCGGGGUCUGACAUAAACAGCAGUACAGUGUGUUUUUCUCCUGAAUUUCAGUAAUUACAAGCAGCAAAAAGUAACUAGGUCUUAAUGACCUUAUGUGUCCAACCUGAAAGUAUAUUUUUGUACUUGGUUUUUUAAAGGAAAGUACAGUAAGUGGGGAUGGCCUUCGGUUUUCAGGUCAGCCAACAUCAAUAGUUGAUGCCACUAAA